GCGUCUCCCCCCCCCCCCCCACAUCCUCCAGCUCCCAUGGAAGCUGCCGCCGCCCUGGCGGCCGGCUGGACGGAGGAGGACCAACCGGUGAGGUACUACUACUACGCCUCGUCCCCCACUUCUCCCGAUGGGUAUCCGGACUCCAGCUCGGUGCCUGCCGCGCCACAGUUCCCUCCCCCUCCGCGCUCACAGGGCGCGGCCGGUUCGGAAGCGGUGCUGCAGGAGCGGUCACCAUGGGAGCACGUGCUGGAGGGCUUUCAUAGCCCCCCGGAUGAUCAGCCACCAGUGAGCGCGGCAUCGGGGGCGCCGCUGCUGCACACUCAGCAGAUGGCCGUGGAAAUGCCGCCCAUGAGGAUGCCCAUCAUGGCGGCCAUCGGCCCGGUGCCCAGCGGCCGGGUGGAGCUGCUCUCGGCGAACCUGGGCCCCGCGGCCGCGGCCACCUCCAUGCGGGGGCCCUCCGAGGCUUUCCAGAAGUGGCUCACCGACCUAGAGCAGCGACAUGAAGAGCGGCUCCUGCAGGAGGCGCAGCGGAGGUUCUGCCUCUCCGGGCCCUACGCCUCGCUGGCGAACUUCAAGACCUGGCUCUGCGCGGCCUCCCACCACGCGGACGAGGCCACGGUGCGCGAGAUGCGCCGGGCGCAGCUGUGCGCCUGGCUGCUUUGCCUCCGGGCGCGCGGCCGCACCUGCACCAUGCCCCCGGAGGUAAAGGACCGCAUCGAUGCCUUCGUCGGAGGCAAGCACGUGUGGGGCCCCAUCAACGCGGCCCGCGCCAAGGCCAUCGCCGAGUGCGCCCAGCGGCAGCUGAAGCGGAGCGAGGGCCUGCUGCGGCAAUCCGCCUUGGCAGCGCUGGUGGCGAGGUAUGUGCACCCUGCAGUGGUGCAAGCGGCGGAAGCUGGCUGUGUGGCCUGCUACACGGAGAUCCCCACGGACGACAGUGCCCUACAGGCCCUCUUCGAAGUAGUGGCCUCUGAGCCGCAGCAGACCAAGGAGGUUGGCGCUAUGCUUUGCGCGCACCUGGCCAUCGAUGGCUUUCAGGUGGAGCCGAAGUACCACGACCCCGAGUACGGGCUGUGGCGCGGCUUCUGGGUGGACAAGUGCAACCGCCUGCGCCUGGUUCUCCGCUGGUGACGGGUGACUGGGACUUGGCACCGAAGGCGGCGCAGCUCAGUGGCUCGGUCCGCCGGGAACCCGCACCACGCGACUCCCGGCGGGUGUUUUAAAGCAAGGGAUGUACAGUACCACUUGCGGUGACAUUGACAUGUCCUUGAACACAUGCCGAGAAAUUGAUGC